AUGUCAGAUUUAAUGUUAGUAAUUUGCCUGAAAGUCAUGUUUUUGCUGAUAAGAAUUAGAAUUUCACCACCUUUUAAACGAGUUCUAUCCUUCCUGAACUCUAUGAAUUGUGAGAAGCUAAAGUUGUUCUUGUGAGUCAGCCACGAUUCAACAAAGAUGAGGCUGUCAUAAUUAACUAAGAUGAACUGAAUUUCCAGACACUUAGAGUGAAGACUUUUUCAGUUUCAGAAGAAAACUCAUAACGAUGUAAUAGUUGUAGCUAUGAAUAACUUUAAUCUAAUUAGAGUCUCCUUCUAGAAAUCCUCACUGACAUCUUCUGGAUAAGAACUGUUGAGGCAUUUGACAAUUCUUGUGAUGAGGAUUUUUAUCUUAAGUUCUGUAAAGAAAAAGAAAGCAUCUUUAUGGUAUGCCCCAUGUGUGAUUUAACGCUGCUUUCAGGAUUUUGUCGUGCGUGUCUAAUAGGAACUAUAGACAACUUUGAAAAUUCAGUGGGUGAUUAUAAGUAGGAUCCAAGAUGUAAUCCUUGACAGACAACAAUAGCAAGGAGAUUUCUUCUAAAAAAGUCUCUGCUCUGUUAGCUAUUUUGCGUUUCUUGAUUUCUUUGGUAGAAACAACUGCUUUAUAUCAUCUUUGACAAUAUUCAAAUCACUAAAAGAGUUGUAAAAGCUGAAAUCAGUAAGCUGUCUCUCUUAAUGUAUUUUGGUGGUGACAGGAGGAUGGUUUCUGAUGUUUUCAGCUUGCAGUUUAUGUAUCUGGAAUAACUGUGAAAAAUCUGGAAUAAAAGUAAUAUAGGAAAAGAUUUUGUCCAGCUUAAACAACUGGAUUAGUAACUACUUCGUUGUGACAUGAGAAUUAAAAAGCAGUGGCUGAGGAUCAAAGUUUUUGUAGAAUUUAGCCACAUGACUUUCUUCCCUACACAAGAAGCAAGUUACUUUUUCUGCUGAUAGAUAUUACUUUUCUGCUGAUCCAUUACGAUGUAUUAUCAUAAUUUAUUUAGACGAAUUUCAAUAUGUUACGUACGUCUUUAGAUUGGGUACACAUCUGACAACAAAAACUCAAGGUAUGUAUGUAUGCUAAAUCAUUUAAACCUGCUCUAAUGAAGGUGAUCUGAAAGAUGAAAGAUGAAUCUAUUAUUUCAUCUAGCAAGCUUUUCAAACAUGAUCGACUGCAAAAUAAAACACACAGAAAACAUUACGUAUUUGAAUUUAGAAAUGAUUGGUUGAAUUUCCAAAGAAUGAGAUUUAAUGAUUACUUCCAUAUGAUUGUCAGCCGUGUACUUAUUAUCCUGGUAUAAGCAAACUUGAAAAAUUCUGGAUACAAAUCUGAUAUUCGACGAGCCGAUAAAUUAUCAAUUUCAACAUUAAAUUCUUGAAUUAAAGACCUUCGAUAGAGUCUAAUAUAACUGCUUGUUCUGAUCUAUGGAAUUGUAAUUGUUAAGCAGCUUGAGCGUAAGAAAGCUUCGAAAGACACAUUUUGAACGGGAAAAUCCAUGAUUUAAGGUUAAGUACGUUAAGGUUAAGUGCCUCUGUAGAAAUAUUUAAAGAAUAGCAGAUCAGCGAUUAACUAAGAACAGAUUUUGCCCAGUAAACCAAAAAAAGAAAGAAUAAUAAAGAAUAAAAAAUACAAAAACAGAAUAUUCGUAUAAGUAGUGGCUAGCACCUACCGCCUGAGUUAUCAUAUUUAGCAAUGAUGAAUUAUGAAAAUUUUUAUUAAUACAUAUUAUACAGUGAAACAUAAAUGGAACAUACAAUAA